UAAUGAUGACUUCAAGCAAACAUCUACUUUAGAGGAAUGGAACAAAGACACAUUUGCCUCAGAAUUCAUUGUUUUUACUUUGUUUGGAUUCUUGUAUCGGCACAGAUUCACUUCUUUUCUUGCAUGUGGCAGAUAAAUGUGUUUAUGUGUUGAAUAAAUAAUAUUUGCUCAGAUACCUCUGAAGAAACUCAUAUUAAUCUCAAAGAAACGGACGUUAUAUAAAGUGAAACUACAAAAAUGUUAGAAAGAACACAGCGCAUGUACAGUAAAUAUUAUGGUCUGUUGAAUAAUGUCACUACAGUCGUAGCUCAAAGAAUUAGACGAUAUUUUUAAUUCAAUUCAUAAUCAAACAAAUUCAGCCGUGGAUGAUUUAUUAUUAUAAGUUACCAGCAGCACGUGUUUGUUGAGCUACUGAAUAAAGGUGUCUUCCGCAUACUUGGUUGAGGACUUCCGUAGGUUUAUGCAGCCUGUACAGUAGCACAAAGGAUCCCUCUGGUCAGAGAGCUCAUUGUUCGCUCCGUUGCUAAGUUGCUGCUUUCUGUUUUUGUUGAAUGUCUUGGGUUCAGCCCACGUCGCUUUAUCCUCUCGUUACGAGAACGAAAGCUUCCUGUCACCAAGCACCACUUUUUACUGUUGGGUUCACGACUGCAAGAACGAUUUGCUCAGCAAUUACCACAUCAGACUGUAUGAGUGGAACCUGUACUGGCUGUGGUUUUAAAGGUAAGACCCUAUUAAUUGGAAAAUGGCUCGUUAUAGUUUGUUGCAUCCUCUUUCCUUCAUCAGCUUUGAAGCAAAAGCUCACUUCUCUACGAGUCAGGAUCUGUCGCUUGCAAGGAGCAAAUGUUUUAAGCUUCCACAGACUGAGACUGAAGGCACCGCGUGGGACAAACCACCGGAUUUCUCCAUAACGCAGUACAGGUCUCUGUCGGUUCCUCGGAACGAAGGGAGAAAGGUCAAAUCAAACCUGCCGCCGCCGCCGCCGGCGCCGAGUGAGACCGGGCGGAACCAAGGGAGAAGUCUGCAGGGACUUUUAGGUGAGAGCAACGAGAGGAAGGGGCUUCCGAGGUUCAUCACGUCUUUCAGGCCUCCAGACGCUCAGGAGUCGGAGCUGAUGUUCGUCAAGUCGGGCAAAUAUGCGUGUGAAUGUUACAAGAACCCCAAAGCGCACAACUUCAGACCGCUUGAUGAGACGCUUCCAGACAUAGUGACCAACCUGGAUGUGAAGUUAAAGCACGUGGACACACUGUGUACUGGUAACACUGGGUCAGAGUGGAGUUUGAGGACGUCCAGCGUGAGGAUGGACACACACAAACCAGCGGCGCCUCACUGGGACUCGGGCCUCAUUCUCCCUCCGCUGCCCUGGCCUCCGAAGUCAGCUUCCUACACGAGACACCGGCGGAGGAGAGGAGCGUACUCUGCUUUCCUGGAGCGGGUGGAAGAGAAACUCUCAAGAUCCUGGAAAAAUAGAUCAGAACAAGUCUAGAUGUGUAUUCACUGUGCUUUGGGGUAUAUUUAAUCAAUACAAUAACUAAACUACACAAAUACAAACCCAAACUACAACUACAGCGUUUAUUUGCCUUUACUUCAUAUUGGAUGAAGGAGCUAAAGGCAACUGCUUUAACCGCAGAUGUUAAAUGGAACGCAGGCACGCAGUUAUUAAUAAUUAUGAAUAAUUGCGGCUGAGAGCGAUGUCAGCGGCGUGUGUCAGGAACGCACAGUGAGCGCUGCCGUGCGGUCCGGCCCAACGUGAGGCCCGCGGGCCGCUCACAGCUGCUCAGCUGAUAUGUCAACAAUGAGAAACGCGUGAAGCCUGCACACGUGCCCGAUGAGCGCAGGCAGUCAUCGCGCGCAGCUCACAGUCCGUACGGGAAAAAAGAGGCUCUGCAUUAAACACGCGGCCCGUUCGCUGCCAUGUGUUUCACUGAAUUUAAACCUGUUAUUCUUUUCAGUUCCUCACACUGUUAUAAACUCCUCUUUCCAGCAUGAACAUUAAAGCUGGCGCUGAUCCGAGACCUUUCUCUUUAAAACAUGUAUGUGUUGGUGGAAGGUAGAUUAAAAGUGACAUGAUUUCUAUUAUUUUCUGUUUUUUUAUAAUUAUAUGGAAUCUAGAAUUGCUGUUCUUAUGAUUUAACAUUGCAAUGAAUAAUAUUUUGGACAAUGUUGAACAUGUUUUAGUUCAUGUUUCUGGGGUUCUGGCUCUGCCAACAAAUGUGUACGGAAAUAAAACAGUUGUUGUAUAUUGACAA